AUGCAAGACGCUGAAAGAGAACUUAAAAUGAGGGCGGAGAUAUCCCGCCUCCACGAGCUGUGCAGCAAGCAGAAGAGUGAACUCAUCGUGCUGAAGGGCACCGAUGGUCGCCGAGUACAACUUGAGCUUCUCUUGAAGCAGUGGUCCGCCCACUGGAGUAUCCAGCGGCAUAUUACCAACACUUUAACAAUUUUUGCAAAGAUUAAGGCGAUACCCGUUGCGCGUAUACAUGCAGACUCACACGCAAACUGCAUGUUAACGAUUACAAAUGACGUCGACGAGACGCACAACGGAAGCAGCUUCACUGGCGAAGGGGGGCUCUCCAUGGCUGGCAGGGACGAGGUCCUCAGGAGGUUUAUAAAAAUGGAACAGGUAAUCAAACUGCUGCACCAAAUCGUAAGCGCCACAGGAACUGCCAAUGGGUUUGACUUCUCUUGGCUCAACGAAGCAAAAGAUGAAAUAGAAGCAACUCGCCGCGCUUCGCCGUCUACGGACCCAAAGACGAACCCACACCCUUGCAGCAAAUGCCCAAAAUAA